AUGUCUGCUUCUAUCCACAUCGGCGUCUUCAUCCCCAAUGAGGCCCAGUUCCUCGACGCGGCCACUGUCGAUGUCCUGGGAACCAUGUCGAAGGAGUAUCUGGAACCGCACCCCUUCCCCCAACAGAUCAUCGACAUGGCGCCCAAGACGACCAUCUCGUACAUCACGUCGCCGCGAAACGGCAAGGACAUCCCGAUGACUUCAGGCAGCACGCUCAAGGCCACGCAUCACUAUGGUGACGCCGACGUUGCGCCUGGCAAGUUGAACGUCAUUGUGGUUCCGGGCCCGCAGCCACAUGGAAGAUUCGAGAAGGAGGGCUUGCAGUGGCUCCAUGACCACAGUCAGGUCGAGGGCGUGGACAUUUUGAGCGUGUGCACCGGUGUCCUUAUCUGCGGUGAGGCGGGCAUCUUGGACGGCAAGACGGUCAGUGGGCCCAAGAUGAUGCAGGAGGAGUUGCAGAAGAAGUAUCCUACUGCCAAGUUCACCGGCGCAAAUCAGAGAUGGGCUAGAGAUGGCAAUCUGUGGUCCAGUGGUGGUGUGACCAACGGCAACGAUCUGAUGGCAGCGUUUGCGAGGGAAUCGGGCAGAUGGCCUCGACCAGUUGCCGAGUUUGGUCUAGUGAUAACAGACGUCGGCGACAGGAAGCAGUUCUACAACGAGUCGUAA